AUGUAUUUGAGGAUAAUUUUAUCUAGUGAACAAGAACCAAGAACCAAAAAUGAUAUUAGUUUAAAUUGUCCUAAUAAUAAACAAAUAUUGAAUUUCAUGGGCUUAUUUGGAAAUCUCAAAUUCACCAAAUAUCGGUGCGCUACCACCUGGCAGACACUAGUACGGCUAAGUUUUCCUAGCCAGUAUUAUCAACUGAUUUUAGUUAGGCACCAGAAAUAAUGAAUUUUGGUAAGUAAAUUCAAAAUUGUAUAUAAUGCAUAAUCACUCCUCUGUAUGAAGUUAAAUACAUCAUUUGUAAUGUAGGUCGUGUAGCCUCAAUCAGAUAUGGAAAUUGUUAUAACCAAUCAUUAAAAUCUCUAAAUGCUAAAAUUUUAAUUCAAGGAGACACCUAUUGGGAUGCCUAUAUUCAGAUAAUCUAGAAUUUUAUGAUGAAAUUAUUACCAAACCAAUAUUAUUAUUAAAAGUUUUAGCAUACGUAGUUUUACUUUCCUUAAGAAAUAGAAUAUAAUUAAGGAGGCUAAUUGUAUUAAUCAGGUGGUUGCUUAAAAUAUUGCUCUUCAGAAUGUUUGGAUUGUUAAGAGAAUAAAAAUACACCAUCUUUUUAUUGUGCAACGUGCCCAUUAAAUUAUUACUUAUAACCUAUUCGUAUGCAAGCUGAGAGUUCAUGCAUUAGGCAAGCUGAAUUGUGCGACAUUUGCCAAAUAAGAUCUGAAGAUGAAAUAAAAGUAACAAUUGUUAUUAUUAUUUAGAAACUAAAUCCCUACUUUCUUCUCACUGAUGAGAACAAAUAGUAUUCUUAUAAAUGUGUGCGACCAGUAUAGAAUUAAAAUGUUAUAAUAGAUUCUUACUUUUAAAUUGCUAAAUAUUGUUAUACUCCAUUUUGUAAUUUAGAAUACAUUUUUACAUUGUCUGAUUAUAAGUUAAAUUUAGUCAAGUAACUUAAUAUUCAAUAUUGUAAUUAAAUUGGAUUGUAGGUCAAGAAAUUUUAAAUUAAUUUGCCCCAUUUAUAAAGGGAAAUACCUCACUUUACUUAAGUAUGUGAAUUAAAGAAAUACAUUUUUAGUUUAUAAGUUCUAAAAAUUGAAAUAAAUAUUUUUUUCAAAUGGGGUUCUCCAACAAAUUUCUAUGGUUUUGAUUAUAUAGAAAUCAAAAAUGUAUAUUUUAGUUAAACAGUUACUCAAAUACUAUUUUAAAAUCAAAAUUAAAAAGUUAAUCUCAUCUUAAUUGACAUCUUGAUUUAUAAAACUCUUAUAAUAAUAUCAAUUCUUUAUUUAACUCAGAACUAUUAGGGGAUAUGA